AUGGCCCCAACACCCCGAAGCGUAUCGGCUAGCGAGCGCCGCAGCUCCAUACGCUAUAGACCCGCUGCAGAUGCGAAUGCACCUAAGACGAUUAGUCCGCACGAGUAUCGAACAGUGAAUCUGGAACGUUCCAGCAUCUUCGUUGACGACGAGUUUGAACUGCCGCCCGAGAUUGACGAGUAUGCACGACGCAUUCUUGGCAUCACAUCGUGGGAAGACCAACUUCCAGUUCCAGAUGGACUAGGAUUACAGCCAAGUUUUCCCAAUAUAGCCAAAGAGUUCCUGAAUCAGUCGAAAGCUCUCGCUCGCAAGUGCGCGCUCGAGAGCCAGUGGCAGCAUAGCCUCUAUCAAGUUGUCACCACUCUCGCCAAGCCGUUCGAGGGCGUGAUUGAAACAAACAACUCUGAGAAAGUGUGGAACCUGCAGCUCAAGCCAAAGCCGGCACCACUGCCGCCAAAUCAGGCCCAGACGCAAGCCGGUUCCCCCAGUGUCGAUCCCAGUGUUGUCAUGGUCACUGACCGCGAUUAUUCCGCCGGGUCAACAGUCAGCACUGGUGUACGAGGGCCGUACCACAUCACUGCACCAAAGCCGGACAUCACGCUUGGACUCGCACGGCACGCCUUCACGCCAGAGCAUGAGGAGCUGCUUCUCAAUUAUCAACACCAUGGGCUGAUCUUGAGCGACCCUCAUGAGGCUGUGAUGAGGCUGCGUUUUCCAUUCAUGAUUGUAGAAUUGAAGGCAGGCGCUACUCUCAUCAAAGCGCAAAACCAGGCCGCCGUUGGCGGUGCCUGUAUGGUGAAAAUAUUAGGGGACCUGAUCUGCCAAACUAGACGCAACACCGACCUUUGCCAACAAGAGCAAGCGCCGCCAUUGGCAGUACCACUGGCACUUUGUUUCUCAAUUACAACUGAAGGGCCUGUGCAUGAGUUGUGGGUGCAUUUUAAGAGCAGAGAUGCGUUCUACAUGGUCAAUCGCAAGAUCUGGCGCACUACGAUAAGAAAACAUGCGGAAGAGCUCGUAAACUGUCUCGGGCGGGUCAUCGAGUGGGGCCAAGGAGACUUCAGAGAGCGCAUUGCCGAGACACUACAUCGGGUGUCGGCUGGGUAG